AUGGACCAUUGCAGACCAAUGAUUCAGGAGGAAUGCAAACAGCUGUUGGUGCAUCUCCUUCGCCUUGCGGUACCUCAUGUUGAUAUGCUUCGUGUUAUUGGUCUUCAGCUCACUGCUGACCUAACUGCCACUGCCUAUGCGCCCACACUUCCUGGUCGGCGGCCUCAUCUCCCCAGUCUUGUUCUUCAUCCGGGCCCCUGCAGAGAUCGCUUUCCGUAUGUUCUUCCAACUGAUGAGCCACUUACUUGGAGACUUCCCUGCUCUCGUCGUCUAUUGGCUUCGCAGCAACAAGAUGAUAGGUUCUUAGGCCCAAGCCUUUCUCCCGACUUGCCAUCUUUUCCAUUUGAACAGCCAGCACCUCUUCAACCCUACUGGUCAAACCAGUAUACUGGCCUUAAUUUUGGUAAAAGCCUCUCGCUUGGCCUUCCUUCGUGUCAAUACGCCCCUAGAUCCUGUGGUUACAUUCAGCGGCAGCAAAAACGAGGUCAUCAGGUGGCAAGACACAAGCUUUUUGCUUCUACAAGCCCUGCACUAAGCCAACGUCAUCGACAGCGCUGUUCAUGCGCUCAUUCUCGAACCCGGAUUGUGCGUGUGGGUCUACGUUCAAGUGAUCGGGCUGUUGGCGAAGUCGAGAAGGAAUCAAAUGUUGCCAUUGCAACCACAGCCGGACUGAGUGCAGUCCCUGAAUCCUUACUUAGCGGGAUUACCGACACAGGCCGAAAUUCCACACUCGUAACCACGGCUGUGUCCUCUGCGACGCCGGAUUACCCAUUUGCUGGCUCCACUUACAGUUUGAUGAGUACGACUACAUUAAUCCCAGGUGGAGCUGUGCAGCAGCAUCCAAAUUCCCUGUCAUCUCCACUUAGUCACUCUCACAAUCAGCAACCUCCGCAACAACAUCAGACCUAUCCGCUAUCACCCUCUUCUGGUCAGCCAUGUCUCGAGGCUGAAGAGGAACCACUCAAUACAAAUUUUUAUAGCCUACCGAGAAAGCGGCAUUUGGAUAGCGAUCGUACUAAGCUAAAUGAACAAUCUAAGGAGACUUUGGUAGGUUGA